AUGGCAUUUGGAGCAUUUGGUGGUUCUUUAAAAAAUUUUAUAGCCACUGAAUUAGGAGCUUUCGCAGCGUCAGCAGCGAUAGCAAGUUUUAAAAAAAAGGUUCCAAUCAAUUCAGUAUUCUUUGAAAAUAUUUUACAAACCGAUAAUACAGCUCCAUAUCUAGCUCAUCACGUAGAUUUCAAUUCAGUAUUCUUUGGAAAUGUUUUACAAACUGAUAAUACAGCUCCAUAUUUAGCUCGUCACGUAGGUUUAAGGCCUGGUCUACCAAUCAAAAUACCAGUUUUAACUAUAAAUCGACUAUGUAGAUCUGGUUUUCAAGCUGUAAUUAACGCAGUUCAAGAAAUCGGAUUAGAUUUCAAAUAUUGGUACCGAAAAUAUAAAUUUGGUCUAGAUUUAAAACUUGAAGAUUCUUUAGUAGCUUGUUUAGUAGAUCAAUAUCCUACUAGAACUCCAAUGGAUGUCACUGCAGAAAAUUUGCCUAAAAAAAUAACAUUACUCGUGAACAAGCUGAUAACUGAUGCUGCUGGGUGUUUUUCUGAUGAAAUAACACCAGUUGAAGUCAAAACAAAAAAAAGCACUGCAUUAUUUUCUAGAGAUGAGCAUCCACGUUCACAAACAAUUAUCCAAACAUUAUCUAAACUACCUUUCGUAUUUGUUAAAAAUACUGGUGUAGUAAUGGUAGAUAAUGAAUCGGGUAUUAGUGAUGGUGCAGGGGCAAUUAUUGUAGCUAGUGAAGAUACUAUAAAAAAACAUAGAAUAGUUUCUUUAGCACAGAUUGUUAGUUACUCUGUAACUGGUGUAAAACCUACUAUUAUAGGAAUAGGUCCUAUACUGGCAAUUAAAGAAGCAUUAAAAAGAGCCAAUCUUAAACUUUCAGAUAUUGGGCUG